ACUGUCACAUUACCACAGUCUGGUUGCAUGUGCACUGGUUUAUUUUUAACAUCGUGAACACUACAGACAUUUCACCAGCAAGGCAACCUUUCAACUACUAUGCAGCCCAGGACUCUCCUAACACUUGCGAAGGGAUAUCUUUUACUCUUUGGAUUGCUCUUGUAACCUUUUUGUAUACUCGCAGGAAUCCAGUUGGUGCAGCAAUGGGAAAAAACAAAAGACCCCCGGCUGGCCAACACAAGCACUGUGAAAAGUGCUUCAGCUGUCGAUGCAGGGCCCCAAUAGAAAUAUCCAUCUCCUGCAUGGUGAUAAACUGUCGGCUUCACUGUGGGGCGGUUUUCCAUAUGUGCAAGGAGGAAGAGCACAAACUGCUGUGCCUGCAGGAAAAGGUCCCCUGCCUUAAUGCUGAAUAUGGCUGCCCAUUCUCCAUGCUCCGUUUCAAACUCGCUAAGCAUCUGGAGGUCUGUCCAGCAAGCACUGUGAGCUGCUCCAUGGAAUGGAACCGCUGGCCUCUAAUAGAAACAGACACCAUUCUCAACGAGAAUGUAAUGAAAGAACCAUAUUCUGAGGAGAAUUUAGACCUGUCUAUGGCUCUCAGAGACCAAAAAGCCCUAUUCAAUUCUUUAAAAAUGAGAUCCCUCUUUCCUGAGUUGACAGAACAAGUCCCUGAAGUUAGAGAUGGAGCUUCAGAACUAGGAGCAGAAGGGGCAGAACUAGAAGCUGGAUGCUCUGGUCAAGCCACUGCUUCAGGAAGCAAUAUCUUUAUAGAUUCUGUGGGGAGGGUAUUUAGUGGGGAAGAAGUUAUUGAACUGACCCAAGCUGAGCGUGAAGCUUUGGCAAAGAAUACAAAUGUGGCAGACUUUGAAAGGUAUGACAUCUGGGAGAACAUGUUUAGUAAGGAGAAGAGCAGCUGCAAACACACUGAAAAGGCUUUAAAGAAACAAAGUCACACAGGGCACAAAGAUCAGGCUGCAUCCAGCAGUAAAAAACAGCAGGUAGAGCCUCAGAAUGAUACAAACGGGGAGGCUGAAGCUGAAAGAUAUCUUGAUAAGACGGGUCAAGCACCUUGGCAGGAUGGGGUUCUGGAAAGGCUAAGCAAACAGGUCACCCCAAUGGAAUACAACAUGUAUCUGGUGCACAAUGGCAGCAUGCUGAUUAACUUUGGCCAGAUUGAUGCCUGUACCCCAAGAGACAGGGAAUUUGUUUACGAAAGCAUAGAACCAAUGGAACUCAAAAGUGUCCAAACAUUUAAGGUUCCCAAAAGUUACCGUGCCAAAAGGUCAUACGGUGGGAUGUCUUCAAUGAAGAAAGAACACAAGGCCGUUGACACAUCUGAUUUAGGUGUCACCGAAGAUGAAAUACCGACAUGGGAUGAGAUUAGGGCUUCCUUACUUUGUUCAUUAGAAAGAGAAUUAAAAGGUCAUGUCAUCUCAGAGACCAAGGGAAGUGACGGGGUGACUAUAGACUUUGGAACACAGACUUAUUCAUUUGAAUCAACACCGUUUAAGCCAGAUUGUUCAUUGGCUGACAUUACAGCAGACCGGAGUCCGUUCCUCAGUUUUCAUCUUCAACCUGAAAGCGUGACUAACAGGCACAACAAAGUCAGCUCCGUGUUCACCUUGUUUUGCCACCACUUCUUCAGACGCGACGAGUUUCCUUCACACUUCAAGAACAUCCAUGCUGAUAUGCAGUCUAGUCUGAGCGGCUGGUUCGAGCAGCGUUGCCCUCUGUCCUACCUCGGGUGCACCUACAGCCAAAGGAAGUUCCGUCCUGCCAGACAGAAGGCUAAAGUUACCUACAGUCAGGAACUCAGCACCUUCAUUCUCAAGCCAGAGGUUUCUUCUUUACUCUUCGAGGGUGUGAAAACUAAUCCUGCCCUCAGAAAACAUGCAAGUAACCUGGACUCCCUGAGCAGCCUGCCCCUUGAGAUGCUGCAGCACAUCGCUGGGUUUUUAGAUAGCUUGGCUUUGUCCCAGCUAGCCCAGGUCUCUCAGUACAUGAGGGAAGUCUGUUCCACACUGCUUCAGGAGCGAGGUAUGGUCAGUCUGAAAUGGGAAAAGAAAACAUACUCACAUGGAGGAUCUUCCUGGAGAGCAAGGAAGAAGGUCUGGCAGUUCAGUUGUCUAUUUUCCACUGUAGACAGCUGGUGCUUUGAUGACAUUCCCUCCAUGUCUGAGCAUUUGAAGGUCUGCCCUUUUUAUGUUACUGAACAGAGGAGUGAGCCUGUACCCCUGGCCAGCAUGUGUGGGACCAAAGAACAAUUACAAGAGAGGAGCACCCUGGUAUCCAUGUUUCUACCACAGCCGUGAGGGCGAGGAUGACCAGGGGUAAAGGAGAAACAGAUCAACUGUUUUUAGGAACUUAUAAGAGUUCUUAACAUCAAGACAAGACAUAUUAUAAAAGUACUAAUAUAAAAGCUCACAGUGGCAGAUAUUGUGCAAGCAAGGUGAAGCAAGGAGUAUGGUUAAAUGUGAUUAAGCACAGACCACUAGAUGGCACUAUAAUAUUGUAAAGUACAGUGACUUGAAGAGCAGACAAGUACUGUAAGGUCAUCAGUCCCUGUUUUAGGCACAUGCAACCCAUGCAAUUGCUGUUGUUGUGGCUCAGUUACUAUAAAAAAAAAGACUUAUUAGCCAUUUUGCUGUUCUUUUCAUCUAUACGCCACAAGCCAUAAACAGAAUAACCGGUUUAAAGCUUAUGUCAGUAUGUGCUGCAUAAUCAUGAAACCUACGAUUUAAGAUAAAAACAGUAAGCCAUUUAAAAAUGAACUAAUUUCAACACACUGCAAUCAAAGUUUGCUUUCGCUUGCCGUCAAUGCUGUAAACUUGAGGGGAAUACAUGUAUAGGUUUCUCACAGGCAUAGGACUGUGUGUUUGAAUGCAUGGAAGGCCAUCUGGGUUAAAAAUGUGUUAUCCAGUAGAUGUUUCAAAUAUUUAGUACACGUUCUAAUUUGACUUUAGUAUGUGGUGUAAUUCUAAUUAUUAUACAUACUCAUUUGGCCAGUAUCUGCAAUGAUGUACAGUGCUGGAUGGAUUAUCUGAGACCAUUAAACUAGUUUGUUUGUCCAUGCACUUGCAGUUAGUCUUAAACUAUAAAAACAUAAUCAUAGAUUAAUUAGGCUUCGGCUCUGAAGUAACAUGGUCUGAAGAAUGAAUCUUUGAACAUUUUAACUAUUAUAGACCUUAAACCAAGGAAGUUCACUGAAACGGAAAACUAUAUUUUUCGACAGCCCUAAAGAAGAAUAAUUUGGUUCAUGAUGAAAAAAAGGUUCUCAUUUUGGUGGAAUGGUUGAGUGUUGGGAAAGGAAUUAGAUGUCUCCCAGAACACAGCCUUUUCUUCUGUAUUUUAACAGUAAUUGGUACUGACAUCCUAAUGUUUUGUGUAAAUGACUAAAUCCUUGGACAUUUUUAAAGUUUGCAUUAAAUCAUAUCCCUAAGACAAUAAUCUUAUUACAAACACUAAUCUUAUACAGAAACACUCAUCAAUCAUUUACAACUUCACGCAGUUUAUUUAAAUUGGAGAAAACUGGCUGAAUAUCGCACAGCUACAUUGUGUUUUCAAAGCAUUUCAAUUAUGGGUUUUUUCUUUCACCCCAUAAUCUUAAUCCUAUUACAAAUGCAAUAAACAUCUAA